UUUUAAAGCUUCAUUUAAAUGUGUACCUUGCACCCUCACAAAGCCCAGGGCUCAGCCAGCAGUGGUAAGCAGGAUCAUGAGAUUCACCACAGAACCGAUGGAUCCCCCAGGGUUACCAAACAAAGUGCAAAUGUUGUUCACAGGAAGUUCACCUUCAACCCCAAAGAAGGGAUUGACAACCCUGCUUUAGUAAUCUCUGAUGACACAGAGCCUGAUGUGCGUCCGCGGCUCUGUGUUCUGAAGCGGGAACAGGGACAAGGCUUUGGUUUCUACCUGAGCAAGGACGCUGGCUGCAGGGGGCAUGUGGUGCGCCAGGUGGAGCCUUGGAGCAGCGCAGAGCGGGGCGGACUGAAAAACGGGGACCGUGUUUUGGAGGUCAACGAGGACUUUGUGGAUGACAAGGAGCACUCGACUGUGGUGCUGAAGGUGCAGGCGUCUGGGCUGAAGCUGUAUCUGUUAGUGCUGAGUGCUGAGGAUUAUGAGUUAGCGGUUUCAGAGGGAACAGACCUCAAGUCGCUCGCCAGCUCUUACCGUCCCAUAGAGGGCUGUUCUCGCCCACGGUUGUGUUACAUCACUAAAGAGCCUGGCAGCGGCUUGGGCCUCAGCAUCAUUCCUAUUGAAGGUGAGCGAGGCCGUUAUCGUCUCAACCCAGUGACUGAUGGUCCAGCUGAGAGAGCAGGAGUCCAGAAUGGAGACAGGCUGAUUUGGAUCAAUGGAGCUAGGAUUGCAGCACUGGGUUAUGCAGCACUGUCAAAAAUGGUGAAGAAAUGUGAGGACCAUAUGACUGUCUUGGUGAUUGACAGCAGGAGUGAAGAUUGUUAUAAUCGCAUGGGAUUACCCAUAAUUCCUGCUUUUGCCAAAACUCAUAAUCUACCCUACACACCAAAAACACUACAUUUGGCUCAAGGGCCACAAGGAUACGGGUUCCUCUUAAGGCAAGAAAAGCUACGGUCUGGACGUAUUGCUCAUGUAUUACGAGAGAUCGACCCCUGCAGCCCAGCUGAGACUGCAGGAAUGGAGGAUGGAGAGCUUGUGCUAGCGGUGAAUGGGGAGCAGGUGGAGGAUGCAGAGCAUGAGGACAUUGUCAGCAAAAUAAGGCAAAGCGGCCAGCAGGUCACCCUAACCACCAUCUCCAUCCCUGGCAGAGACUAUUACGCACAGCUGGGUAUUUCUCCAUUGCUGUUCUAUGAAGACCAUAUUCCAAAAAGGGAACAGUUCCCUAAUCCUCAAGAGGGACACCAAAAUCCACCGCAUCCUCGACUUUGUGUGCUUCACAAGGAGGGUGCCGGAUUUGGCUUCAACCUAGGCUGUAUUCAGAAUAAGCCUGGGACAUAUAUCGGUCAGGUGAUGGCGGGGAGUGCAGGAGAGAGAGCAGGGCUGUGUGAGGGGGAUGUGGUUAUAGAGGUGAAUGGACAGAAUGUGGAGAAAGAAUAUUUUGAUGAAGUGGUGAGGCUGAUAAAAGAGGGAGGGACUCCUCUUAGCCUGCUAGUCGUGGAGGGACUCGGAUAUGAGAGACUGAGAAAUGCCAGACAGACUGUAAGUUCAGGAUUCAAUAUUUACAACAAAACGGUUCCAGAUGCUUCACAAGAUGAUUUUGUAUAAAUUAAUAUAAUCAGGUAAAACAUUAAUUACAUUUUUUAACAUAUAAAAUAAAACUACAUAUCAGUAAACUUCCAAAUAAUGUCUAUGUGCCUAAAAAAGGUACUUCUUUAAACUUCUGUAAAGAUUUUGCAAAAACAUGGACAAAAUGAUAAACAUGUUUUUCAGAAAAAAGGCAAAUCAUCCUGUCCAUAACCACAUGUAUUACUGAAUCAGUGUCAUUAUUUAAAGGAGUGCUAUUAUGCUUUUUCACUUUUUGAACUUUACUCACUGUGUGGUGUGUAUGUUUGGGCAUAAAAAAGAUCUACAAAGUUACAAAUCUCAAAGCCCACUCCAAAAGGAGACAAUUCGUUUUUAAAAAUCUCUUAACAAGAACUACAAUGAGCAGCUCCUUUGGACUAAAAUGUUUGUUUUCCGCAUGCAAUGAUGUCAUAAUGCGGUUUAUUAUAAUAUCAUUAAAUUAAAUCCCACCCACGGAAAUUCACAUUGUUGGAGGGAGGGUAGGGACGAGGUGGGGGAUUAGCCUAACAGUAGCGAUGCAGUGUGGAGAAACGAUUCAACGAGCCGCAGCGCAGUGGGUAUAAACACAAGCAUUGACUAGAGAGGCCGCUUCAGAGCAGUAACGCACAAGAGAUUUAUUCAUCAUACACCGUAGAUAGCUUCACUUAUAACGCAAGUGUUUUUUAAAAUGCAUAAACUUGGAUUAGAAUAGGCUAGGCUAAUCAGUGAUGAUGUUCUCUGAUAAUGUUAGGCUGUUUUUAGCCUUAUGCUGGAGCUGAUUUCGGCCAUGAAAUCAGCUCCAAUAUGUAAAUAAAUACAUUAGCACCAUAGUAUCAUGUAUUGGCAAUCUCGCAGGCUGAUGAUAGAACACUACUGUAGCAUAUUAUUUACUCACCGUCCAUGCAUCCUAGGUGUAUAUGACUUCCUUCUUUCAGACGAAUGCAAUCGGAGUUAUAUUAAAAUUUAUCCUGGCACUCCCAAGCUUUAGAAGCUUUAGUUCUAGUACACCCCCAAAACAAAAUCUAGACUUUGCAAAAGAGCAUAAUAGGACCCCUUUAACACAACCACAACACUUGAGCACAAA